AUGGGUGGCGACAUAACAACUCCUCCUGGCAGUGAUACAGGGGAAGACUUUUCGCUGGAGCAAGAUUCUUCUCAGCUCUCAUCUCCACUUCUCAGAAAUGAUUUAAGCAUGAAUGUCAAGGAUGCUGCAGUAGGUACACUAAAUGGGUCGGUGCUUGGAGAACUUGACAGUGUGGAUUCUCGAUUUUCUUCAAAUUCUUUGGAUUUUGAAGUCAAACAAAAGAGGAGGGAAAGUGUUUAUAGAGAAAUUUUGCUGAGUAAUGACGGACUGCGGAUUCGGAGCAAAGGUUUGGAAGGAGCCAAGAUUAAAGUAUUGAGCUACACUCCUGGUGCAUGGAUUGAAAGUGUAGGUGCUGUGAAAUUGAGGGACUAUGAUGUGCCAAAGACGACAACUGUUUUAUUGGUUGGUCCAAAAGGAUCUGGAAAGAGUAGUCUUGUAAAUAGAAUAUCAAAGGUGUUUGAAGAUGACAAGUUUGCAUCAGAAAGAGCCCAAGUAUCAUAUAAUUCAUCUGUUGGAGAUGGAACCUUUUUCCUCCAGGAAUAUAUGAUACCGAGAUGUUCCACUUCUUUCUGCCUCUAUGAUACCCGCAGUUUGUCUGAUGAUUCACAUGAAAACAUAAAAAUACUGCAGCAUUGGAUGAAAAAUGGUGUUCGUCAUGGGGAGCUUGUUAUCAGGGAUUCAGACAGCCAAAGUUUGAGGACCAUGAUAAUGUGCAAAGCUCGUGAUGAUGGUUAUCUGUCCAGUGAGAUCAGGAAGGUUAAUUUUGUCAUAUUUGUUGUUAAUGGCCUUUCAGUUCUGAAAUCAAUAGAAAGUGAUGAAGAUGCAGAGACUCGAUACACCCAAAUGAUUGCUUCAGCUUUCAACUGCCCAUACCUGGCAUUUAAAGAUGAUAAACCCCUAGUUGUUGUCACGCAUGGUGAUCUACUUUCACCUGUUCAACGUGCUCAUGUUCGUGUCCAUUUGGGAGAACUACUGGGUAUUCCACCCGCAACUCAAGUUUUUGACAUCCCAGAAAGCAGUGAUCCGGUAACUGAGUUGGCAAUAGUUGACAUGUUACGCUAUUCGCUUGAGCGUGCUGAGAAAAAUCUUCCCCAUAAAAGAAAGGUUCCUACUAUGUCACUGUUACUACCAGGUAUGCUCCUGUUAGUAAUCCUUGGAAUUGCCAUCAAUAUAUGGUGUAUGAAUUAUCAAGCGUGUAUUCAGCAUGGCCCUUUCCCUUCGUCCCAAGUGGACAUUCGGCAUUGCCCUUCGCCUCAAAUGAAUCUUCAGCAGGGCCAUGGUUCUUCUCCCCAAGCGCAUGUUCAACAUGGCCCUUCGCCCGAUGUACAUAUUCAGCAUGGGCCUCCGCCCCCUUCCCCCCAAGCACAUAUUCAGCAUGGCCUUCCGCCUCUAGCGCAUAUUCAGCAUGACCCUUCGUCCGAAGAGCAUAUAUACCAUGGCCCCUUGCCCAAAGCAGAACUUCACAACAUUAGGACAAAAGCUCAGAAAAGCAGGGAAAAACCUGGCCAUGGCCCUACGCCCCAAGCAGAACUUCAGGAACAUAGGACAGAACCUGAUGUUUGGAUAGAUUGGAGUGAAAUCCGACACUUGUGGUUAGACCGUGAUGUUUGGAUAGAUUGGAGUAAAAUCCGACACUUGUGGUUAGGCGACUAA